AUGAAUUUAUUCAGUCGUAAAAGUGCUACAACCAAUCGACCGGUUAGCCCAUCAGCAUCGAUAUCAAAUACUGCUGUCGCUGGUCCUGAAGCAUUUGCGUCUAAUCUAGCAUAUGGUCGAGGUUUUUUCGAACCAGGUGCCUAUUCAGUUGCAUUGAAACGAUGUGAAAAUGGUCAUGAUCUUGCUCAACAACUUGUGACUAUGUUUGAAGAACGAGCAAAACUUGAAUUAGAUUAUUCGAAUGAAUUACGUUCAUGGUCACGUAAAUGGCAUGGUGAAUUAGUAAAAUCGAAUGAAUAUGGAACAAAUAAACAAGUUUGGGAUCAAUCAGUAGCAACAGGCGAACAAGUGGCUGAAGUUCAUUCAACCUUAUCAAGUUCACUAUCGGAUUCAUUAAUACCUAAACUACGACAAUGGCGUAAAGAUAAUUAUGAAAAAUCUUUAAUACAUUAUAAAAUAGUUAAAGAAUUCGAAAAAGAUUUUAUUGAUGCACAAAAAUCAUGGAGUAAAUUAUUAGAGAAAAUAUCUGAAAACAAAUCAACUUAUUAUGCAGCAUGUAAAACAACUAAAUUAGCUGAUGAAGCUGAACGAACAGCAUCUGAAGAACAGAGGAAAAAACUAGCUGAUAAAGCUGAAGUAGCUCGACGUGAAGUUGGAUUUGCUAAAACAAAAUAUGAACAAGCAAUAAAUGAAGCUCGAGAACAAAGACCACGCUAUGAAACAUCUAUGAAAGAAGUUUUCGAUCGAACACAAACAUUCGAACGAAAACGCCUCGAAUUUUUCAAGGAAACAUUUGAUGAAUUUUAUAAGCUAGUCGAAACAAUGACACAAGACAAUUCAAUCUUGAAAAAGAUGAUUGAAGAUUAUAAAACAAGUCUAUCUACGCAUAAUAUUGAACAAGAUUUGACUUGGUGGGAUGAAAAUUAUGGCACACAAACAAAUAGCCGAUGGCCAGAAUUCGAAGAGUGUCGUGAUUGA